GUUUGAGGGUUUCCGAGCAGAAAUAGUUGAAUGAUGCAUUAUCAGCAGUCUUUCUGUCUUUAUGUCUCCUUCUUCUUUUUACUCUUAAUCACUUCUGUUCCAGCAAGAAACACUGUUUUGUCCGAGAAUCCAAACAAGAAUUUCACUACUCUAUCUGAUCAAGAUAUGCCAGUUAGAUGCGGGGUGGAUGAAAACCAUGCUCAGAAGUUACACAUAACGAAACAUUUCUCAUAUAUUAAUGGCCGCCGACACACUUGGGAUCGUCCAAUUUUGAUGUUAUACUACGCGCGGUCUCCAAAUCACACCAUCGACUACAUAAAAGCUUCAGAGAUUCGUGCUGCUCUUAAACGUGCUUUCUCGACAUGGUCAUCAGCCAUUAAUGUUAAUUUUACGGAAACUCAAGACUAUGAGAACGCCAACAUCACCAUCGGUUUUUACUAUGGUGACCAUGGAGAUGGAUAUCCAUUUGAUAAUACUACGGUGCUUGCACAUGCAACCGGUCCGGGAAGAGGCGCAGAAUUUCAUUUUAACGCGGCAUUUACUUUUGCAGUUGAUUUCAAUUCUGAGAAAUCAGAUACGGCCUAUGAUUUGGAAUCCGUCGCAGUACAUGAAAUAGGUCAUAUUUUAGGGCUGGAUCAUUCAUCUGUUCCCGAAGCUAUCAUGUGGCCUCAUGGAUUCCCUAGAACCAUAAAGGUGAAGUUAAGUUUGGAUGAUGUGUAUGGUGCUCAACUUAUAUAUGGCUCAAACCCAGAUUUUAACCUUAAUUCUGUAAUGAAUCGUGCAAGUAAGUCAUUUGGUUUAGGAGAAAUCAUAACAAUCUCUGUUUCGUUAGUAGUUACAGCAUUGUUUUCUUGUCUCUAAUGGUUUUUGUUAUUAUGAAGUC